CUGCGGAUGUCACCUCUAGCGUAAACACACACGGUGACGCUACUUAGCUUAUUACCCGCUAAAUUCUUGACUAGUGUUCGCGGGAAGUGAGUGCGCGUAGAGCCAGAGCUUUUCAAUUGUUGACAGGCUCAGAUGCAAACAGACCUGUAAAUCCGAUAUACACAUGACCAAUCAACUAUGACCAAUUUGCCUACAGAUGACAUAUUCGCUCGAGGUCUAACCUCUUCGAGAAGAAAGCAGACUUAGCUGGGCUUCGUCGUUAGCUUGAGAAGUGGCUUAUGUGGUGUUGAUGCAUACGAUCUAAGAGGAAAAAGCACCCCAGCGACAAGACCACGAAUUCACAUGGGUGCUAAUUAAUCGGAGGGAUAAAUACCAAAAGGGUCAUGGCUGAUGAAAAUGGUUUGGCUGAUGGGUACGAUGCUCCGCCGCGAGAGAAGAAGGAAAAAAAGAAAAGGAUGCCUCUGUUCGGGAAGAAGAAAUUCGACGACAAAAUCACGAAGAAGUAUGAUUUAAGGGAGGUGCUUGGAACUGGGGCUUUCUCCGAGGUAGUGCUCGCAGAAGAGAAAGCUACCGGUAGCUUGUUCGCCGUAAAAUGCAUCUCGAAAAAGGAACUGAAAGGCAAGGAGGAAUCUGUGGAGAACGAGAUAGCGAUUCUCAAGAAAGUUCGACACAAGAAUAUCAUCGGCCUGAAGGAUAUAUUCGACAACAAGUCUCAUCUCUAUCUGGUCAUGGACCUGGUACAGGGAGGGGAACUAUUUGACAGAAUAGUGGAAAAGGGAAACUACACAGAACAAGAUGCCAGUGCGCUAGUGCAGCAGAUCUUAGAGGCAGCCGACUACCUGCAUUCCCUAGGAAUCGUACACAGAGAUCUUAAGCCUGAAAAUCUGUUAUAUUAUAGUCCUGAUGAGGACUCGAAGAUAAUGAUCAGUGACUUUGGAUUAUCAAAAAUUGAGGCACAGGGAAGUUUUAUGGAUACAGCUUGUGGGACUCCUGGUUAUGUUGCCCCUGAAGUACUUAAACAACAGCCAUAUGGAAAAGCUGUGGAUUGCUGGUCAAUAGGCGUUAUCACAUAUAUUCUGUUAUGCGGCUACCCUCCUUUUUAUGAUGAUAGUGAUGCUAAUCUAUUUGCUCAAAUUAUGAGAGCAGAGUAUGAGUUUGACUCACCUUACUGGGAUGAAAUUUCCGAAUCAGCUAAAGACUUUAUAAGGCAUUUAAUGGAACUCGACCCCAAACUGAGAUACACGUGCCGACAAGCACUGAGCCACCCCUGGAUUUGCGGCGGUGAAGCUCUAACUAGAGAUAUCCAUGCUUCUGUCAGCGAACAGAUAAAGAAGAAUUUCUACAAACAAAAAUGGAAGCAAGCGUUUAACGCGGCGACCGCGAUAGGCCGAAUGAAAGCUCUGGGGCUAGGUGGCGGUAGUUCGUCGUCCUCUGCAAGUAAAGUGAACAACAAUACAGAGCAAGCGAACGCUGUAAACGCCAAGUGAAUAAGACACGGCUUCUGGGCCUAGAAUCAGCGCCGGCGUGGCAGCGCGCCCUACCUACAACUGAAUGACUUUUAUAAACGUUUUCUAGGAAAACUUCUUUAUUCUCCCGAAGUAAGAAACAGUAGAGGCUACCAAGAGUAGCAAAUAAGGAUCAAUUUUACCGCGAAUCAACUCACCCCUACACUUAAAUAAUACGAACGAAAUUUAAAGGCUACCAGUCGGCAGACUUAGGGCGCGUUUUUUUCCUAUCAUUCUGGAAUGGGAAUUGGUUGGUAGAGAAUGUUCAGAAUGGCAUUCGUGUCAUUCUGCUACAGGUAGCAGAAUGGGUGGAUUGGCCUUCAUUCCAUUCCGGAAUGGGAACGAGGGAUAACCGAACGCGCUUUUUUUCUAUUCUAAUCAUUCUCAAUUCGGAAUCACGAGUGAAAAAACGCGCCCUUAGUCGUUUGCUCACCGCCAUAAGCGUCUGUUUGAGCAGAAAGGGUUAUUGAUAAAUGUGAGGGUGCUCUAUGGGUUGUGGGGGUAGACGAGCAAUAUUUUACCCCUAAUCCAGAGCGAGUGCCCCAAAAUGGCCCCCCGAAAUUUCGUUGUGCUCGCAGUUUUCGGUUAAUGCUCGCGCAAUUUUUUCGCCGAGCUCGCAUCGUAUUUUUCGAUGUGCUCGCUGCUUGAUUUAUUUAACAACUAAAAAUGCUCGGUCUCGCAUAAGAAACGGAGUGCUCGCCAAAGACCAUUCGGGGGCCGUAUAGCGCACACUUGAUUUUUGUCGCAGAAUUCUGCGCGCCCCUAGAGGGUCCACGUCUAGGCAGGCAACUCGUGUUAUGGCUUCUAAACACGACGUGCGGAGUUCAGGUUCCCUAGACCUUGUUGCUAGGAAAACAACGCUGAGAGAAACGAUAAUCUUUGCUUAUCAAAUAAGCUUAUCUAAAGUCGCCAAAAUGCUAGCUCAAAAAACAUUCCCAUUAGAUGUGGUGCAAUGCAGCAUUUGGUUUAUUUUAACCUGUUGCCAAUAUUGACAAAGGUAGCGGCCUGCAACGAAUCCCUGGUCUGAGGGUUUUUUAUGAGUAAACAUUGAUCAACUCGCCAUAGUUAGCCUAUUUUCUACAUGACAUAUUUAGAGUACAUUUAUUUUUUUAUUGUAAGUAGUGCAGCAUUUACAUAGGAACCUUUUUCAUUUUGCUUGAUUAUCAGAUCGCCACUUAAAUCACGCCAAGCUUCCUCACAAUUCUGUACAAAAUACGAAAGAUGUUAAUGUUUGAAUAAAAUCUUUUAUAUGAAACA